AUGUCACUUCCAAUAACAUACGACCCGGUGUCAAAGAAGGUGCAUCUAGCAGAGGGAUACAAUGCGUCGGAGAACGAGUUGCUCGAAAAGGAAAUUUCGCAGUUGAACACUUUGAUGAAAGACUAUGUGAACACAAACUCUGAUGUGCCGGCACUGCCAACACCACAAGCAUUCACAAAGAAGCUUUCUCUUUUGGUGAGAAACAUGCACACUGGAGCUGCGAACUCGAUGAAGCAGAAGAAGUACAAGGAGGCCGCCAAGCAGUUUGACUUGGCGUUGGGAUUGGCCACAGCAAGGCCGAAAUUCGAGAAUUUCCAACUUAGCAUGGCAGAGGUGAUUAUUUGCCUCAUGGGGCGGUGUGACGCGUUAAUGAUGGACAAGCAGUGGCUUGCAGCCUAUCAGGAUGCAGAGAUUUUGUGCCAAUUGGCUGCUGCUGUGCCAGAAAGCCAUCUGAGGAAAGGAGUAUGCGAAUUGCAACUUGGACACCCAUUAGAGGCACGGACAGACUUUGAGAGGGGUCUUUGUUUCAAGCCUGGGCAUGCGAAGCUUGGGAUGCAUUUGAAGUUGGCCCAGGCUGCGAUUGAUGAGCAGAAUGGUGAAAAUUAG